CGACGCCUGGCUGACUGCAGACGCUCCUCGGAUCGAAUCGGCAUCGCAUAUAUAUUACACACAUACACACUUAGUACAAGUCGGUUAAUCAAGUGUCGAGCGCUCUAAUCAUUAAUUAAGUGUCUUAAGAAAAUAAUUCCAAUUUGGCUAUCGAAACGGGUUUCCAUCUACUGCAAGUGCGAGCGACUAUGUUUGUGCGGCAGGCUCAUUUGUGAAAAAGAAAUAUCGUUUGCAACCAGUUAAAUUUUCACCUCAAUUGCCAUCGAGUACAAUUAUCACACCGGCUAAAUGGACAGCUCAACAACACCUGCUGUGGACCCCUUGGCGCCGACAAAUGCAACCUUUGCGGCGGCUCCAAAGGCCCUCUAUGCGAAUCAUAAUCGCCUGAUCAUUGGAACCAUUGUCAUGGUUCUGGGCGUUUUUGGCAAUUCGCUGGCCCUCUUUAUUUUGGCGCGUAAAAAACACAACAAGAACAGCAAAUACACGCUCAUGUUGCGAUGCCUGGCCACCAACAAUCUUUUGGCUCUGCUGGGGAUGUUAACCACGACCCUGCUGAAAAUCUAUCUUCCCAAGGAUGUCCUGCAGUCCUUUGUGCGAAUGGACUGUGUCGGACUUGUGGUCUGGCGGUUUUUCGGCCUAAGUUCCGGUUGUAUUGCAGCAGUGAUGGCAGCCGAAAGAUGGAUGGCCCUCGCCAGACCCUUCAUUUACCACAAGCACAUCACCUACGAGCUGAUCCGCAAGAGCAUCAAUAGCAUACUGAUCGUGGCCGUGAUCAUCACGUUCCUGCCAUUCGUUGGGUUCGGCGCGUAUAUUGAUGAAUCGAAUCCGGAUCGCCUGAAGUGCAUACGAUAUCGCGAUGCACCGGGAGUGUGGAACAAGUCGUACGCGGUGCUCUUUAUGGUCUUUGGUACCCUGUUGUGCAUCGUGAUCGUGGCGUGCAAUCUCUUCGUGGCCCACACGUUGCUCUGUGUGAUUGGAAGGAGCCGCACGGCCAAGCGGCACAUGCACUACGACCUGGUCUCGCGGGACAAGGCCAGCACCAUUAGCAUCGAUCCGGAGAGCAGCAGUGGCACCACCCUCUACCAGACGCAGCUGAGCUCCGGGAGCGGAAACAGCCAUCGCAGUGUCCAGCCGACGAGGCCAUUCCGGCACAGCGUCAGCGUCACAAUGGCGGCCACGGACUCAUCGCCGGUCGAGAUCAAGUUCGCCAAGCUGAUGGCCUUCCUAAGCAUCUCCUUCGUCAUCUGCUGGAUGCCACAGAUGAUUGCAAUCCCGUUGGCCAUUGCUCCAGACCGAGUUCCAGCGUCGAACAAAUUCUUCAUAAUCGCCGACGUUCUGACGGCUCUGCACUUCACCUCCGAUCCGUACGUCUACGUGCUGAGUCGCUCCAAGUCCAUCAACUGGUCGUUGCUGAGCUGCAUCAAGCGCUGGAGGAGCGGAUGGCGUCCAGGUGGCCUCCGUCGCUCCCAGAGCGACCAGAGCCGCAUGCGCACCACCAUGACGGAGGCGAAUACUCUGGACUUUCACUAAUAUCGAUCGAUCCUCACAUUGCACCCAAGUACUUAUCCCCAUGGCUCGGUGGCUCGGUGGGGUCUCACUCAAUAAAAAUAAUAUUAAUCAUAAAGGAACAGCGAAUCCUAGUCUCGUAAGCUGUAAAUAAUAUCCCUCACUUUGUGUCACACCAUAUCAAGGGUCAACUUAAAUGCUCAGCUCAUCAGAUAAUCUCAAAACCGAAACGCAACUUGUAGCAUAAAAUAUACCGAAUAUGUGUGAAUGUAAAAUAA